AAAGGGGACUCCAGCUCAGCUACGGGUUCCUCACGCAGCUUACGCGCCGAGCAGAACCACUCUCUUCACCAUGGUGCACUGGACAGCCGACGAAAAGCAGCUCAUUACCAGCCUGUGGGGCAAGGUCAAUGUGGAGGAAUGCGGCAGCGAAGCCCUGGCCAGGCUGCUGAUCGUCUACCCCUGGACCCAGAGGUUCUUCUCUACCUUCGGGAACCUCUCCAAUGCCGAAGCCAUCCUCCACAACCCCCACGUCCAUGCCCAUGGCAAGAAGGUGCUGACCUCCUUUGGGGAAGCCGUGAAGAACCUGGACCACAUCAAGCAAACCUUUGCCACUCUGAGCAAGCUGCACUGCGAGAAGUUGCAUGUGGAUCCUGAGAACUUCAAGCUCCUGGGUAAUGUCCUCAUCAUUGUCCUGGCCUCUCACUUUACGAAGGAGUUCACUCCUGCCUGUCAGGCCGCCUGGCAAAAGCUGGUCAGCGCGGUGGCCCAUGCUCUGGCCCUUGGAUACCACUGAAUCAUCUGGAGGGACCCACCAGCGGGAGGUCUCCAGCUACCUCUGCACGGAUGGGAAUCCCCUCCUGGGAGUGAGAGGCUGUAACAACCAAAUAAAAACCUUCUGCUGAA